UUUAACAUUACGUUCUGGCAACAGUAUGGUAUGGGAUAAGAUCAUGGAAUAAAUCUAUUUGAUCAAAUCUGCUAUUUAUAGUGCCAAAAAUUUUGAAAGUCUGCUGGUAUACCAAAUUAAUUUCUAUGCAGUUGUUGCUCAAUAUUAUUCCUGGUUAAUUAAUUAAUAUUGCCCCUUUUACUUCACAUUUCUAUAGUUUUUCCCCUUUUCAACCAUGCCAUUUUUACCAGAAAUAAGAUUACACUGCAACAUAAUCAUUUACAUUUAUUUACUUUACCUCUUUCUUUACACAUUGGACAGCUUAUCUACUCAAGAUUCUUUAGUGGAAAAUCAUCAGUGGACAACUGCACUAUGUUUGCAGACUGUGCUCUAAUUAACCGGAGAAAUGUCACAGGUGAUGUGUCCUCAUCCUACAGACCAAACAGAGACUUUUUCCGUGUUGUUUUUAAAUCAAGGGUGAUAGGAGCAGCCAUGUCACUAUUGGGAUUUGAAGAUAAGUCUAGCACUCCAUCAAAAUACACGUUGCCAAAAAACAUGACAGCCCUGGAAAAGGCAGCCAAGCUGAAGGUACUUCAUGACCUAUCUGCUAAAGUGGUGGAUAGUUUUGUUUUCAAAGAUAAUGUGGCUGAGAAAGUAAACAACAUCAUUUCUGAGCAUGAAAGAAGAAAUGUCCUUAAUAAUCAGGGCUUAACUCCAGAUGGUCGAUUCCCAUGUAGAUUUCCAGGAUGCAAAAGUUCCUUUAAGCACAAUGGAAAAGCAAGAAGAAACCAUGAACUGGCCCAUAAUCCUCCAGUUCAAGUGGAAAAUGAACCUUUCCAAGUUUCUUCUACCAAACCAUCUCCCCCUUCCAGGCCUGAAGAGAUGAAAUCAAAAGAUGAUGUAUUUGAUUACAAUUGUGCCUUAUUAACAGAUGGGUAUUUAUUCUUCAACUUCCUUGAUGCAAUUAAGGAAGGCGAUGGGGAUCGAUUAAUAAGGCAGUACAAGUACUUCAUGCUGCAUUGCAAAGCAGAUGGAACACACAGCACCAAGUAUGCCCUUGAAUGCCUCUAUCAAUUAUUUCUUGUGUAUGCUCUUUUAACACCCAGAGAUAGUGUAUGCUUUGUCUGGAACAGAUCGGUAAACAAUCAUGGCAAGAAAGCAUGCAACAUCCCAUUAGAUGAAUCAACUGAACACAGCAACAACUUCAUAAAACAGUGCAUCAGGAAUCUGGGCCCAAACAUCACUGAGGCAGCUGUCUCAAGAGUAUGCAAAGCGGAGAGUACCACUAGAUUGAUACUAGAAAAUCUUGAUGAAAGCCUACAACGCAUCUCUAGGUCUGGGAGCCAUUCUGAAUCAUCAGAAAAAAAAGACCUAGAUGAACUGUUAAAGAAAGUUGUUAGCUUCCAAGCCUUCUGUGAAAUUGAGGGUCGCAAGUAUAUUCAUUUCAAAGACUUUAAACGAGAUGGCCUUGAAAAUCUUGAUUUGUCUGACCUAUACCAAUGGAUUAAUAGACACAAACGAAAUGUUGUGUUAGGGAUAAGGUCCAGAUAGAAAUCAAGCAAUUAUUAUAUCCAGCACCUCUGUUUAUGUACAUUGAUAAUCAGAGGGGUGUAUGGAAGAGAGCCAUGACUACUGAUAAAUGUUUAGAUUCUCCUUCCAAAUUACCCUGCAUUUGCAUGUGAAAUAAAAGGAAAAAUUGUUGUUACAUUAAGAGAGAUUGAAGGCCUAUAUUCCAUGCACCCCUCAAAUAAU